AAAGUAUGGGAUCCAUUCGAAGUUUCGAACCACCCGAUUAACUAACUGGACCCGAUCCAAUUCAAAAAAAACCUGCAGUUUCUACCCUCUUGGCUCUUGACACUCUCAAAGAGGGAAAACCCCAUUAAACCCUAAAUUGAAAAUUGAUUGAAUUAACGUAGCAGCUUCAAAGCAAUGGCUUUGACAGUCUCCAAUGUAUUUCACUGUCCAAACCCAGAAAUUUCACUGAGGAAUUAUAAUCUCAAAGCCCCACUUUCAAGAUUCCCAUCUUCUUUUGUUAGGUUUCCUAGAGCAAUUUCAUGGAAUAAACGGAUGAUUUGUGCUGCUGCAUCAGCUGCAGGAAGUUCGAAUUCAGACAGUGAGUUAAAUCCUUAUGAGGUUCUAGGUGUGAGCCCCAUUGAGGGAUUUGAGAAGGUCAAGGCAGCAUAUGCAAAGAAACACAAGGAGGCUGAGAGAAAUAAUGAUGAAGCAACUGCUGCCCGACUUGAGAAGGCAUAUGACAAACUCAUGAUGGAACAAUUAAGUAAACGGAAAAAGGGGGUGACAUUUGGUUCAUUUAAGGUUUCAAAGGAGGUCAAAUAUGCUGAUAAGCAACCUAUUGUACCAUGGGGGCCAAGGUACUCCAAGUCUGAUGAAAAAGACAUGCGCAUAAACUUAGCAAUAUCUGCAGCAUUUAUGGCUUGGAUUGCUAUCAAGCGCUAUGCUGAAUACAAACCUUUGCAAUUUUUAGCUUUUGCAUUUGUUUACCGAAUUUUUGAGAAGUUGAAAAAAUUUGAGCCAGCUGUAUCACCAACAGUUACAGAAGAGGGUGAAGAUGAUGGACGAGCAUUGCGAAUGGGAAAACGGAUUCUUCGUUCCCUUGGACUUGUUUUCGGUUGUAUUGCUGUUUCCUCUCUGGCAUUCACUGGUAUUUUGAAUUUCAUUGAAUAUGCAAACGGUUUCAUACCUGUUUUUCUCUACAACAACCAGGAACUGAUAAUCACAGCUUCAUCUGCGGUCAUGCUCUACAUAAUGGCAUCGUAUUACAGAUGAUGAAUCCAUGGAAGCUUUCACUGGGGAAUCGGUUUGAUUAGUAGUUAAUAUGGCUGUCAAUUUUGUCAAAUGAAAUUCUAAUCCUGUAUGAUGGACAUCAUUAAGCAAAGUAAGUUGGUUAUAGCAUCAAUUUUAUUCAUUUGUAGUAUGCAAGCCUAUUGUUAUAUUGUUCAUCUUCGGCAAAAUUGGCUUUGGAAUCCGACCAAUAAAUUUUGGAGUGUAUCUAAUUUUGUGUUUUUUUUUUAUUUUUUUUUAUUUUUCACAUGUAGAAGUGUUAUAUUCAUAUGUAAAAGAUGGAGCACUGCAGAAUAUUAGAACUGCACAAAGUAAUUUUUAGAUGAAAGACAAUAAUUGAAAUCAA